GAUUGCAUGUCUUCCAAUUAAUUUGAAAUGAAAUGGCAAGAAAGGAGAAGAAAAUGAGCUCUUGAAAUGUAUAAGAACCACAAAGAUUCUAGAGAAAAUACCAAGUCUUUGACUAAUACUUUAGUCGUAGCCCGAGGACUUUUCAUUGCAGUUUGGUACUGAACCUUGUGUAAGCCUAUUCUCCAGCUGUAUGAUACAUUCCACCAAACAGGGCUGUUUACACUGACAUCACAAUGGCAUUCCAAGGUGGACGGCCACCGUUUCUGUCUGGAGCAUACCCACCAGGGCUGCAGCAACAACAAUAUUCACAGUUUGGAAACAUGUCACAAGUGAGGCAAAAUGUUCGCAUGCCUGGACUUUUACCAACACCACCAGGGACAGCUUUACCAAACAACAACCAGUCUUCAAACAGAUCAUCGUCAAUUGUCAAACCUCUGGUACCUAAGGAUGAUAAAAUUGAAGAUUCCAAUAAACCCAAGACUACUGUCUUUGUCGGGAACAUUUCAGAUCGUGCACCGGAUACUCUUGUUAGAGGCCUUCUUGGGAGAUGUGGUCCUGUGCUGAGCUGGAAGAGAGUACAGGGAGCAUCAGGAAAGCUGCAAGCGUUUGGCUUCUGUGAGUAUGGAGACCCUGAUGCAAGUCUCAGAGCUAUCCGUCUACUUCAUGAGCUGGAAAUUGGAGACAGAAAACUUGUGGUUAAAGUUGAUGGCAAAACGAGAACGCUUCUUGAUGAGUAUUUACAGACGAGGGAUGGAGAUCAGACAUCAGAACUUGAUGACUCCACAGUGAGGGAGGACUCUGAUGUCAGGAAUCAAGUUCGUAGACUAGUCCAAGAUUACUCUAUGCAGCUACAGAGAACAUCAGAAGAGAAAGCUUUCCAUGGACAGAAGCAGAAGAAUUCACAGAAAGAUGAAAAGCAAAAGGCCAAGGAUAAGCUUGAUGACAUGAAUUUAGAGGAAGAGAAGAAGGAUCUCAUUAAUCGUGAGAUCGAUCGUUUCAGACAAUCAUACAAGGAUCAGAGGGAAGCUCUAGAACAGAAGGAGACUCCGGAAGAGAAGGAGAAGAGCCGGAGAGAGCGAGAGAAAGAACGAGAGAGGGACCGGCAGCGGAGAGACCAGAUAAAAGAACGCGAGAGGAGAGACAGAGAUAGGGAACGAGACAGGCACAGGGAGACUGAGAGGGAAAGGGUUCGAGAAGAACGGGAAAGGGAUGAAAGAGAGAGGUACGAACGUGACCGAAGCAGAGAUUAUGAUCGAGACUAUGAUCGUGAGCGAGGAGGAGGGAGAGCAGAGCGUAGUGAACGUGGUGAGAGAGAUGGAGAUCGGGAUCGUCUGGAAGAAGAAGAAGAUUAUGAGAAGAGAAAACUUGAACGUAAACUCAGAGAGAAAGAGGAAGCAUAUCAAGAGCGUCUCAGAAACUGGGAAACUAGAGAACGAAAGAAACAGAGAGACCAUGAGAAGAUGAUGGAAAAGGAAGAAUCUGAACGGAAUGAGAUGGAUAAAGAAGGCAAACGUCUCAAAGAAUUCCUGGAAGAUUAUGAAGACGAGAGGGAUGACCCCAAAUAUUACAAGGGUAGUGCACUAGAGAGGAGGCGGAAAGAACGUGAAAAGGAAGAAGACAGCGAUAAUCGGGAUAGGAGAAGGGAACGAGAGGAGAUUGAAGAUAUCAAACGCAGACUCAUGGAAGAAGGAGGCGAAGACUUAGAUGCUGAAAUAGAAAAGUUGGAAAUUGAGAGAGAAAAGCACAAGCAACCGCAGCUUGAGAAGCUGCUAACACCAAGGGCGCUACAAAUCAAACAGGAGCUACAACCUACCUUGAAAUCCACCUUUGAACCUGCCGAUGCACCCAUGCCACCAGAGAACAAUCAGGGACCACGCACUCCAGCCAGUGAGAGUAGUGAUGAUGAUGAUGGUGGGGGAGGAUUUGAUCCACUCCCUGAUAACUCCAGCCAGUCAUCGGAAGAUGAUUCAACUGCAGCUACAGCUCAACAAAUGGGAUUUGGACGAAUUCAACCAGUUGAAACCCUGUCACCUGUCGAUGAGGAAUUUCAGCAUCAUAGACUAGCUAGAGAUAACCAAUCAAUGGAGCGCAACUCUGGCGGUCCAGACUCUCCUCCCACUAACUCAAAUGAUGGGGGAUACCAGAGACCUCUCGUUUCAGCGCAGGUAGGCAGCAAGCGCAAGAAGCUGAAGGUAGGAGACGUAUUCAAUCAGGAAGAAUCAUCAGAUUCAGCAGGAAAGAAGAAACGUAAGCUGGUUCCUAUCGAGUACUCGGAGGAAGAGAUGAAGGCUGUGGGACAGUCUCAGUUGAUUGCCAAUGCAGCAGAAGAGAAACGCAAGACCAUCAAGAAUCUGAUUGAGAAGAUCCCUACGGCCAAAGAUGAGCUGUUUGGAUACAAGGUGGACUGGGCAAUAGUGGAUGAGUCUUUGAUGGAUCGUCGUAUCAAGCCCUGGAUCAAUAAGAAGAUUGUAGAAUACAUCGGUGAGGAGGAGCCUACUCUCACGGAGUUCAUCUGUUCCAAGCUUCUAUUACACAGCAAUGCAGAGAGCAUUCUUAAUGACAUUACCAUGGUCUUGGAUGAAGAAGCAGAAGUUUUCGUAGUCAAAAUGUGGAGAUUGCUUAUAUACGAGGUUGAGGCAAAGAAACAUGGACUCGUCAAAUAAUAUUCUGUUGUACAUCUUGAAUAGAGCAGACAUUUGUAUCACAAUGAAUUCACCAGGGAGCCAAAGAAACUCUUGUAUAUUUUAUCUUGUGGAUCACACUGAAGUCAAUCACAAAUUUGUUCUUGUUACAAACUUCAGUUGAGACAAUUCUUGCAAGGAGAGAUGUCAUGGACCCUCUUCAAUUCCAGUGUAAUGCCCCCACACAGAAAAUGCUGAGGAUAUCAUUCUUAGACGUCAUCUUGACACUGUUUCUUUGGUCUGUCAUGGCCUGUUGAUGCCAUGACUGCAAGGAUGUUGAUGUGUGUGUAUUGUACUAUCUGAGAAAAAGCUCUUUGUUUUCACUGUAAACAUCAAUCCUGUCAGAUUGGUAUCAGGUAUUUUGCACCUGAUGCUGCUUUCUAUUAUGCAUCAGAUAAACUGUCCUUUUCCGUUAUUUCUUUUGUUUCAGUAUUUCCAAUGUCUGUGGCAACUCUUUAAUUUUAUGAUUUUGUAAUGAAUUUUGGAAUUAUUGUUUUUUGUUGAAGGGCAAGAACUUCACAUUGCAGCCACUAAAGCUAAAGAAAAUAAUCUCUCAUUUUCUGUCAUGUAUUAGAAAAAUGAUAAAAUUGUAGUAUUUUUUUCUGUAUGCUUUGUGUAUUAUUUAAGAUGAUUUUGCCAAGGCUGAUCAAUUAUUGUUAAAUGAUAUCUGUACAGUAUUCCAGGCAUGGCUGGAAAAAUGAAAAUGUUGUAACCAUUAAUAUAACCAUAAAUAGUGACCCUUAGGAUUAUUCUUGUUUAUAUUCCACAUACUAAGAAUCUUGCUCUACGAUUGUUCGAAAGUAAAUCACAAAUCCUUUGUUGACUAAAAUGGGGGAAGGGUCAUACUUGAGUGUUCUUCUUUCAUACAGUUAACAACUAAAUUAUUCAUACCUCUAUCAAGUUUUGUAAAUUUUGAGGUACAUGAAAAAUUCUUUCGUCCCGAUUUAUGUUUCAAGACGAUGUAACAUAUUGAAGAUAACAUCAAAAAGUAUUCAAUAAAGGCACUAAUUCUACCGGUCCAUCCUUCAUUCUUGACUUAAGAAUAAAAAAACAAACAUUCAAUUUACAAAUGGGUAUGAAUAAUUUAGCUGUUAAGUGCAGGCAUCUGGUUUUCUAUUUCUUAUAAAACACACAAGUCAGUUCAAUCCCUUACUGUUACUCAGUUUUGCUUUUUAGGGCAUGCCUAUGAUCUAAGUCAGUAGAUCAUAAAACACUGGAUCUCCCCAAGUGCGGUCAAGUCAAACAAAAGUAGAGUUUCUCUUUUAAAAUGUUUGUUUUGGGUUUUUUUGUGAGUGUUAAAUCUCUGUAUGCACCUUAAAAUGAUUAUUGUACAGAUCAAGCCAAUUUUUAGCUGAGUUGCAACUUUUGCAUGAAUAUGUUAUGUAAUGUUCUCUCCUUAUUUUUCACUCAAUCUCCUUGUCGAUCCAUUCUUACGAAGAGAGAGAGAUAAAUGCAACCAGUACAGAUAUUUUAAAAUGUUGGGGUAUUUUGUGGAUAUAUAUUAACAACCUCUCAAAUUUCUACUGGAAAGAAAGCUGGACAUUGACAAAAUAUACUUGUAGAAAAGUGAUCCAAAUUCAGUAAUUAAUUAAGCUGUACAUGUCUUUGACUAAUACAUGUAUCUGUCCUUAAAUGCAUCGCAGCAUUUCAAGUCUAGCUCAAAUGUGAAAGAUACAGUGAAAACGACUGUUGAUACAUGGUUAAGGAAACAUAAAUAUUUCUUGUAUUAUAGAUAAUUACAUUCUUUCAGUUUCUUUUGAUAAUCAAUAAAAUGAUGAAUGCUUCGACAUGUA